CAGACUGUUGUAGUCGAUUCAUAGCUAUGAUCCGUAUCCGAUUUCCUGGUAGGAUUACGGUUUUGGGAAAGAACCAAAUACAUGUAUUUUAGCUAGUAUUUUCUGAAAAGAAACAUUUUCGUAUGCUUAGGGCAUUUAGAGUACAGUGUGACUCUGGUAUUACGACUCAGUUAACUUAUACAGGGUGGCGGAAACAAAGCGCUGAUUUUAUUUGUGAAGGGAAUCGGUUAGUCAGCUAGCUUUAGCUUUUAGCCUGCACUGUUGGACAUGUCUGCCUCGGCCGGUGCCUCUCCGUCAGCCCAGGGCACGGCCCUGGUCAGUCCAGGCACGGGGAUGUCCAUGUUUCGGUGGCUUGAGGUUCUGGAGAAGGAGUUUGACAAGGCGUUUGUUGACGUCGAUUUACUACUUGGAGAAAUCGACCCAGAUCAAGCUGACAUCACAUACGAGGGUCGUCAAAAGAUGACAAGUCUCAGCUCCUGUUUUGCUCAGCUUUGCCACAAAGCCCAGACGAUUUUUCAACUUAAUCACAAAGUAGAGGCUCAGCUGGUGGACCUGCGUUCGGAGCUGACUGAUGUGCAGGCGGAGAAGGUGGUGGUGGAGAGGGAGGUCCACGACCAGCUGCUCCACCUUCAUGCCAUGCAGCUGCAGCUUCAUGCCAAGGCUGGACAGACUGUGGACUCUGACUCCAUCAAAGACAGGAUGCCUGUUGCCUCAGUGGAGGAGAUGGAGAGGGAGCUGCAGGCCAACAAGAAGGAGAAGGUGAAGGAGGUGAAGCUGGAGGCAGAGGUCAAGCUGCAUAAGAAGGAGAAUGAGGCCCUCCGUAGGCACGUCGCUGUACUGCAGGCUGAGGUCUAUGGGGCAAGAUUGGCAGCCAAGUACCUGGACAAGGAGCUGGCUGGAAGAGUACAGCAGAUCCAGCUGCUGGGUCGGGACAUGAAGGGGCCCGCUCACGACAAGCUGUGGAACCAGCUGGAGGCUGAGAUCCACCUCCAUCGCCACAAAACAGUUAUCCGGGCCUGCAGGGGGCGCAACGACCCCAAGAAACCCCUAGAGUCUCCAGUGGGGCAUGAAACAGAUAUACUGAAGAAGACUCAAGGAGUUGGUCCUAUUCGUAAAGUAGUGCUGGCCAAGGAAGAUCACGAGGGACUUGGCAUUUCAAUCACGGGUGGUAAGGAACACGGGGUGCCCAUCCUGAUCUCAGAAAUCCAUCCUACCCAGCCUGCGGAGCGCUGUGGCGGGCUCCAUGUGGGCGAUGCCAUCCUGGCUGUCAACAGCAUCAACCUGAGGGACGCCAAACACAAGGAGGCUGUCACCAUCCUCUCACAACAGAGGGGAGAGAUAGAGUUUGAGGUGGUGUACGUGGCCCCGGAGGUGGACUCUGACGAUGAGAACGUGGAGUAUGAGGAUGACAGCGGCCAUCGCUACCGCCUCUACCUGGAUGAGCUGGAGGAGGGGUCAGCCGCCAGCAGGAACAACGGCACAGCAGACUUGGCAUCACUACAAGCCCUGGAAAAGAUGUCCGUGGGUGACGGCCCAGAGAACGGAGACACAGGGAUCUUCAGUGAGACGCCAUCGGAGGAGACCCCGUCUAAGACUGCUGGGUCCGGAAAGAGCACCUCCUAGAGCGGCGGGGAGGAUCUGGAGGAAUGGGGAGGGGUGCAGAGGAGGAUGGAGAAGAGCUGAAAGACUGGACUGCACAUGUAUUUUUGUACUAUACUCUAUGAGAUUUGAGAGACUGGACUGCAUCUGAGUCCACUGGAGGAUGUAUGAGAGGAGAAAUGGGGAUAAAUUCGACUCAUCAUUAAGUCGUCAUGGAAACACACUCAAAGCUCUUUUGAAUUCCUGUUACUAUCUUUCUGCAACGGUGAGGAGCCAAUGAGAGAAGACCACAGAUUGAGGAGAAGAUGUGGGUCUAGAUGAUUGAAUGGAUGGACUAAGUGGUAUUUUUCUGUGUGUAUAGUUACUGAUCCUAUUUGCCCCCACAUUAAGACGACACUUCCUUACUGUGAGACUGCCCUGCUGGUAAUGAAUAUUGUUUUACUAGGCUGAGGAAAUCUUCUCCCUUCAUAAAUGUUGGCUUUUAUUUAUCUCUUACACAUGUAGCUUGUGUAGAGGGGUUUCCCUCAACUGUAAUGUUCAUCUUCUACCACUGAUUAGGAUCUCAAUGUUUACUCCCAUGUCAAACCCUCAAGUGUUCAGAAUAUAGAGCAGACACAUUCACCUAUUGGAUGUCAAAACAGAAUGUACAGUCAGGGAAAGACUUGUCAGAAUUCAAAGGAUUUCAACUAUUAGGGUGUGCCCUCUGUGUUUGAUCAAUGGUAUCACAGAAUGUUACCAUAGUCCUCAUUACACAACAUUUUCAUUUAAAGAUGGGGCACUCUGAGCAAUGCAUCUUGUGUGCUACCUCGUUGUCUUCAUACUGUUCAAAGUCCUUGCCGUUUACUCUGAGGUGCACACACACUGGCUAAUGUUCUCUGAAAACAAGUUGUGUAUGACAAAGUUACUGAUAACUCUGGAAGUAUUUCUUUCACAAAUAUAUAUAUAUAUAUAUAUAUAUAUAUAUAUAUAUAUAU